AUGAAAGUACUUCUUUUAGUAUUAUUAGCGAUGUUCAUUUCAUUUUCUUAUGCAGAAGAAAGUGAGGCUGAAUUAGAAAAUGAAUAUGGAAUUGAAAGUAAUAAUAGUGUUGAUGAAAAUGACAAUGAAGAAGAAGUCAUUGAAGCAGAAGACGAUGGAGAAGAUGAAUAUGAUUUAGAAGAAGAAGAUAAUGAAGAUGACGAUGAUGGAGAGUAUGAAUUGGAAGACGAUGAUGAUGAUAAAAGACGCAGAAGAAGACAUAGACAUUUUUGGCAUUACAGAAAUUGGUGGUUAAGAAGACAUUGGCUCAGAAAUUGGAAGAGACAAAUGAGAAGAUGGAGAAGACAACAAGAAGUUAAAAGAAGAAGAGUUCAACGAUUAAGAGAAAUGCAUAGAAGGAGAUUUGCUCGUAAACAAAGAGCACGAGCAUUAAGAAGAGCCAUGAUGAAAAAGUUACAUGUUAAAAGAGCAUCAUCAUAUAAAAAGAGAAUUAUUGCAGCAGAAAAACGUAUUGCUAAUCAAAAACAAAUGUUUAAGAUUUUAAAGAAUAAAAUUAUUCAAUUAAUUUAUAAACUUAGACAAACACAAGACCCUAAACAAAAAGUUCAAUUAACAGCAGAAUUAAAAACUGUUAUUAACAAAUCAAAAGAAGUUAGAAAAGCAAUUGUUUCUCGUGCAGUUAAACAAAACAUUAUUUUAAGAAAACUUGAUAAUGCUAAAAAGGUUAAAGCUGCUAUUAAAAAGAUUUAUAAAGAAAAAAUUGCUAUUGCUAAUGAAAAAAGAAUUAUUAAAGCAAUGAAUAUUAUUGAUUCAAAAAUUAAUGUAUUAAAACAUGACCACAGAUAUAAUGCUAAAAAAUUCCAACGUGCUGUUGCUAAAGAAAUUAAAAGAACAUGUAAACAUUUAAGAAUUACUAAAAAAGUUUGUAAAAAAAUUGCUGAUAAAAUGCGUUCUAAAGUUAAAUAUGAAUCAAAGAAAAUUGUUAAAAGAUAUAAUAAAAAACAAGCUAAUUUAAAGAAAAAUCUUGAAAAACGUAUUGAAGGUAAAAUGGUUAAACAAACUGUUAAAGGUAUGGCUAAAAAGUUUGAAAGAAAUUAUCAUGUUAUGGAUAAAUAUAGAAGAGUACUUGAUGUUACUUGCAGAAUGGAUCCAAAGAGUUGUAAUUUCUUUAGAAGAUCAUUUGGUGAUAUGGUACCAAUGUUCUAA